AUGCCGCGCAGAACGCAUAAAAAGUCGCGCAAUGGAUGUCUGGAGUGCAAGCGACGCCAUAUAAAAUGUGACGAAAAGCGGCCGACCUGUACCAACUGCAUCACUUCCGAACGCGUUUGCGAAUACGCGGAUAUCUUUCAAAGUGCUACAAGAUCUCGCACUAGUAUUUCACCAGUCUCUUCUCACGCAGGGCCUGUGGCAAGAGACCAGCUGUCCGAUGUUUCGAGUCCGAGGUCCGACUCACUUCUCCAAGAUGCGCCAGUCAACAUGCUUCACAUGCAGCUUCUCCACCACUUGAUGACAGAAACACGAAACACAUUCCACGAAAGCUUCAAUGCGGCAAUCGCUUCUCCCGAAACUCUACAGAUUUGCAUGUCUUCUCCAUAUCUUAUGAAUGAGCUACUGGCCCUCAGUGCCCUACAUUUGAGCACCUUGCGUCCAGCGGAGCAGCAGUUUUAUCGUCACCACGCAGCACAACUCCAAACGCACGCAUUAACAAACUUCAAUGGGUUGGAGCUCGAACUGAACAAAGAGACAUGCGUUCCGCUCUUUUUGUUUUCCGGUCUUCUUAACGUGCACCUCCUCUGCGACGUAUUAAUCAACAGAAACCCAGAUUUUGAUCACUUCCUGGACCAACUGGUGAGCAGUUUCCGACUACACCGUGGCAUACGUGCAAUCACCGCGAAUUCAUGGGGCAUGCUUCGAGAGUCUUCAUUGAAGCCACUAAUUUUGGAUGGUGAGAAACGAUUUUCAAGGAUUACGGGACUUGACCCCGAAUGCGCCAAGCUCCUAGCCCUCAUCAAGGCGGCCAAACUCGGCCCCUCUAUCACCAAUACCUAUACGCAAGCGAUAGAAUCGUUGCAGCAUGCGAUAAUUGCAUGCUCGCAUGGGAAGCAAGGCGGUAAUAUCGCAGAGAUUACCGCCUGGCCGAUAUUGGUCUCUCCGGAAUAUAUUGAUCUUCUCGCGGUGCGAUGCCCUGAGGCUCUUGUGGUGCUGGCGUAUUAUGCCACUUGCCUUCAUGCACAGCGCGGCGUAUGGGCUUUGGGGGACGGAGGGCGAUUUUUGGUUGAAUCCAUCACCACGUACCUGGGAUCAGACUGGGCUGAGUGGCUGGAUUGGCCAGCGCGAGCUUUGGGCGAUCGAUCAUUAUCAGAGCUCGCAACGAGUUGA